CCGUAUGAUGACUGCGAUCAACAGAUCAAGACGGCAAACUCCCCCAACAAACAGAUGGAAUGUAGAAAUAGUUUUAAGAACGUGAAGAAAAUCGACGACAACCGAAAGAGGAGAGAGAAGAAUGAGAGGUAAGGGAGGGGAGCCGGAGCUGUUGUGCCCGCGCAGGCGUUUGCCGAUUUUCCCAACUCCCAGCCUCCUCACUCCUGCAAGUAAAUAUACAAGCCCAACCACCGCAUUUCUGAGACAUAAACCACCAAUCGGCUUUAAAGUCCAUGCGAUCACUAUGGAGUCAUUUACUUUCUAUUUUCAAAAAUCCAAAGGCUGGACCCUAAUUUUCUCCCGUCCUGCGUCGUCACUGCUCGACGGAAUUUCCAUCCUGGCGUGGGAGAAGCCCCUCCAACACCGUCCAACAUCCCCGCAUCUGACCAUGCUGGGCAAUACCGUCAGCCAUUAUUGCGCUCACGAGGGGAGUCAGCGGGCAAUUUAUGCUCAAGCAAUCAUGUCACAAUAUUUGCUCACGAGGUGGCAAUUACUUUGAUUACCUCCAAGACUCAGGCACUUCUCUCGUAGCUACGAACUACUGGAAGUCUGGAAGCCUCGCGAUCAGGUACUGAUUGAUGGGCACUCGCUGAUUAGUCGCUAAUCAGGCUUCGGGCACUCCACCGGCUUUGUUGGCCCACUGUCUCUUUGACUGGUUGCUUCCUCUGGAGACUGCAGGGACAGCCUGUCAGUCCCGCUCUUUGUCCUGCAGGCUUUUGGGUUACGGCGAUCAAGCGGUGUGCAUGAGCAAUUGUCGGUGACAUUUCUCG